UCACCUCAGACAAGCCAAUACCAUUGGCAAAUGACGGUGCGCGACAAUUCGAAGCGUGGCCAGCUAAAAGUGAAUAAGCACUAAAUAUACAGUUAUUUUCGGUGUUUUUGUUAAGAAGUAUAGUCAAAAGUAAAUAAAUAAAAAUAAAAUAAAAAAUUAAUGCUAUCCUCAAAUAUACGCGUGUGUGUUUAAAUUGAAUAUUAAAAAUUAAAAAAAAAAAUAACAUAAUUAUUCAAAAGAAAUGGCCGCCGAAGUGACAACAGAUGUAGCGCCUGCCAAGGGCAUUGUUGACAAUAACAAUGAAACAAAGCCCAAUCGCACGCUCGCCAGCGGCUUGCAAUGUAAAACAGAAGCCGCCGAGCACAAAAAGGAUGCGCCCGCAGAUUUCGAGACGGCUAUGGAAGUAGCGGGUUUUGGUGCAUUCAAUAUUUUGCUAUUGAUAUGUGUGUUGCCCGCAGCGAUAGCCACGAUUGUCGAAACGUCCACCAUGUCGUACAUACUGCCGAGUGCGGAAUGUGAUCUGAAGCUGACGCUGCUGCAUAAGGGACUGCUAAAUGCGAUUACAUAUGCAGGCAUGAUCAGUUCAGCCGUGCUGUGGGGUUAUCUCGCCGAUACGAAGGGUCGCAAAAAAUUGCUCGUCUUCGGUUAUCUAAGUAAUAUUAUAUCGGUAUUGGGUGGUGCUUGCAGUCAAAAUGUCAUACAACUGAUGGUCUUCAAAUUCAUCUCCGGAUUUAUCAUGUGUGGUCCAUUCGCUGUACUCAUGAGUUACGUAACCGAAUUGCAUGGCAAGAAAUAUCGUUCGCGCAUGGUUAUGCUGAUAGGACUUAUGUUUUCGGUGGGCAAUAUAACAAUGCCCGUAAUUGCUUUGCUUGUUUUACCCAGUCAUUGGGACUUUAAACUGUUGGGCCUGCAGUUUCAUUCCUGGCAAGUAUUUUUGGCAAUCUCCGCGAUACCCUGUCUACUUGGCGGCAGUUUACUUAAUUUCUUCCCCGAAAGUCCGAAAUUUUUGAUGUCACAAGGUCGUAAUACCGAGGCUUUGCGUGUUUUCCAGCGCAUCUACGCGCUCAAUCAUCGGAAGCCGCGUGAAGAUUACCCGAUUAAAGAGCUCGCUAAUGAAUUGCUAAGCGAAAGCCAAAAAGAGAGCGAUGCCUCAACGGUUAGCAUAGCUACAAUUGAAAGUUCUAUUCCAAAGGAGAAGGAAGCCAUAGGUGCUAAAAUGGACGUGAAAGAGAAGAAGCCCAAAAUCGGUUUGCGUCAAGGUUGGGAACAAUUACGUCCAUUGCUUACUAAACCUUAUCUUGGUCUGUCUGCGCGCGUCUAUCUCAUGAAUUUCGCACUUUUGUUUGGUCAAAAUACCUUGCGUCUAUGGGCUCCACAAAUGUUUGCCUCUAUUGAGGAAUAUGAGCAGAUGUACGGUACAGACGGCGCUACCAUGUGUUCCAUUUUGGAGUACAGUGUUAAUAAGACGCAAUUAUUGAAGGCUGAGCUGGCAAAUUUGGAAAUGAGAAAAUGUGAAGUGGUUAUUACAGCCGCCUCUUAUACCAACAAUAUAACUGUAGCAGUCGCCGGUUUCUUAGGUUAUGUAGUUGCUGGUUUCAUUGUUAAUCGUAUUGGCAGCAAAGUAAUGCUUACGAUUACCUCCACAAUUGCGGGUCUUUGUGCGAUCGGUCUGUAUUUCUCAGUAUCCUCGUUGAGUACAUCAAUUAUUGUUGCAGUAUCGGUGACAAUGGGCAGCUUAUCAGCCAUGUCCAUUAUUAGCUCAUCAGUCGAUCUAUUCCCAACGUCUUUGCGCACAAUGGUGGUUUCUUUGGCAAUGAUGAUUGGACGCACUGGCUCUAUAUUGGGCAAUGUAUUGUUUCCCAUUUUCAUGUCCUUUGGCUGUAUACCACCAUUCAUUAUGCUCACGACCGUAAUGUGGUCGGCCGGAAUUAUGUCAGCAUUUUUACCAAACACCAAGAAGAUGGUUAUGAAAUAGGAACGCUCUUUUGUUUACGUUAAAAUAUGCAUACAACAUGUGCAGCUGUGUAAUUGUUGUUAGAUUAUAUGAGAUUAUUUAUUCUAUUAUUAAGACUUUUUAAAUAUUUAAGUUCCUACAAUAUGUUCGUUAUUUACAAAUAAAUAUUAAAUAAGACAAGA